AUGGGUUCUCAAAACCCUUUGGAAAUUUUAGAAAACGAAUGUGUAAAUAAAGAAACCAAAGAUGAAUUGUGUGAAAAUAAGCCAGAUUUAAAAGAUUUCAUAUCAGAUGAUGAAUCGGUGGGAAGUGAUGACUCAAGUGAUAGAAAAAAGGUAAACAAGGGAUAUAAAACUGACAAAUUUGGACGAAGGAUCAGAUACCAAAUUAAUAAAAAAGUAUUUGGAAAGAAGGACCAGAAAUCAAAGCUAAAUGCCAGUAAAAAAUAUGAAUUAUAUCAAAUGAGGAAAAAAGAGUAUGAAAGUGAUAGGAAUCGGAGUAAAGGAGACUCUGAGAGUGUGUCACAAUACCAACUUUCAGCUAUAGAUAGGAUGACCCUGAGAAGAGAACAACUUCUGAAAAAGCACUCCGAAAAGUUUAUAAAUGACGUCAGGAAGUCUAAAGAUGAUGACUAG